AUGACAGUGGUGGCGCCAGAGGUUUCUGAAGACCAGAAAACGUCAGAUCUAGAAAGUAACCUCGAGUCUGAAGCCACAGUAGCGAUUGACGCCAAACAAACCCCUUACUUAUUGUCACAAAUCAAUGAGAAACUGGAUAAUCUGUCGCUUAAACUCGAUGAGAUGCAUGGUAAUUCCAAUCUGACACUGGAUCAUAGCGGCGAUGAUAGUGCCACAUCCUCACCUCGUGAAACAGUUCUGCCAGAUAACUUUUUGAUGAAUAGCUGCCGAUCUCUAGAUGAUCUUCUACGCAAGUUCGACGAAUUCCGCUACGACGAAAGAAAGCAAGCAGUCUUGUGCUCUGUAUGUGUACCAGUUACUCAACAUUUGCCUGAACUUACAACUAAUAAAACCUAUUUGGCAAUAUUCAAAUAUGACAACAUUGUCGGUGCUAUCGACCCUCCUGAGAAAGUUUUAUCAAAGAAGUUUCGAAACUUAAAAACACAUCUUCUGGCACACUUGAAAUCUACUAGCCACAUUACAGCACUGGAAAGGACAGUGAACGAAAAGGAAUUGGACAAAAGCGAUCGCCGAGAAAGAGUUGCAGGCAAGAGAAUUGGUAGAAUAUGCUACUACAUGUUUAAACAAGGAUGGCCAGACUCUGAUUUCGAGCAUCUGCGUCAUCAUUUCCUGCGAAAAUUCUCCCAAUCAUGUCGAACGAAGUUACCCGAAGGCUGA